AUGACAAGAUUCUCGGCAAUUAUAAUUCUGGUGGUUUUAAUUGGUGCUGUUCUGGUCACAUCGGCCGAAGCUCGAGGGGGCGGCCACGGGGGAGGUGGAGGAGGAAGAAGUGGUGGUUGGGGUAGUGUAGGUGGAGGUGUAGGCGGUGGCCAUGGUGGCCACUCCGGUUCGAUAAAGUGGGGUGCGGCUGGUUCUAAUUUUGGAGUUCCUAUAAUGAUGGUCAUCUUGUUUCUGACAAGAUUCUCAUCAAGAAACGUCGCAAUAAUAAUUCUGGUGGUUUUAAUAGUUGCUUUUCUGGUCGCAUCAGCCGAGGCUCGAAGAGGCGGCGGCGGCGGAGGUAGAGGAGGUCGAGGUGGUGGUAGCAGCGCUAGAAAUACUCCGGUAAGGGGUUUUACCCCUGCAGCCGGUAGAGGCGUAGGCGGUGGUCUUUUGGUCGGAGCCGGUGCCCGUGGUGCUGGUGGCCAUCGUGGCCACUCCGGUUCGAUUAAAUGGAGUCCGGCUGGUUUUAGUUUUGGAUUUCCUUUAAUGGCGGUCAUUUUCUUGGUGGUGAUUUGA